AUGACAUCACUACGUAGGAACCCAACUGUGCUUCUCCUCUUUCUGAGUGCCUGGCCUCUCCUUCCCUCCUGCCUUAUCACAGACGCUGCAUCUACUUCGCCUCCCAUCACUCGUCCACGAUUUAGAUUAAUUACCGGUUUAGAUCUCGAUUAUGGUGGGGAUUAUGGUGAAGAUGAUGAGUCUGGCAGCAAAAACCCUCCAGAAGUGCAUGCCACUACUAGGAGGAAGUUUCUCCAACGGGAAAUCUGCAAUUUUAACCCUUGUUUGGAGAAUCAGGUGCCCUGUGCCAAGCUGUUGGCAGAGACUGGUUGCCUCUGCCCUGGAAUUAGUGGAGCUGACCAGUCUCCUCAUGCACCACGCUUACACGCACUGAUGCCAAUCAACAAGGGGGAAAACAGGGGCAAAGUUGAGGUCAAAUGGUGUGCUCCAACCUCUGUGGUGACUAAGUACAGAGUAGUGGUGGAAGGACAAGACGAAAAAACAAUUGAAUUUGGGGAAGCUUUUCGACAAGGUUUGGUCGGGUCUUUGGAAAUUGGAACCAAGGUGUGUGUGGAGGCAGUUAAUAAAGCAGGACACAGCACACCCACAGAGUUUUCCUGCUUGCGAUAUGACCCUCCCUCGUCAUCAGGCUAUGAGGUGUUAGGAGGUAUUAUUGGAGGAGGGAUUCUCCUUUUACUCCUGAUCUUUGCUGUGAUCCUCUGGAGGUGUCAAAAGAACCGAAAUGCAAAGAGAGACUCAACCGAUGGACUCGGAAACCCAUCAUACAGUAAAGAAGAGACGUUGUAA